CUUCACUGAAAAAAAACUUCAAUCGACUAACCAAAAUCAAAUUCUCCAAAAAAAAAAAUCAACUGUUUCAACAAAAGCAAAAAAUGAAGCCAGUGGUACAGGAAACCAACAAUGGCAAAGUUACAAUCAAAGCAGAGUGCAGAGCAAACGAAGAAGGACGAAAACACGUUGAAAAGCUCGAACUCGAUACUAAAAACGUCGAUACUGUUAAGUACGUUGAGAAAAAGUUGACGGAAAAAGGGGUGCAGAGAUUGGAACGGCAUCCAUCGGACGGGUUGCCGUUAAAGCAUGAUCCGAAGAAGGGACACGGAGGUAAGUAUACGUGGGAAGGACCGGAUAAGGAAGCGGAUAAUGAAUUGGAUCCAGUGCCGCCGGCGUUGGAUGAGAAGGAUCCGAAUUAUGUGAAUGAAGAAGAAACAGAGGAAGAUGAAGAAGGAGUUAUUGUGGGUGAAAUUGAAGUAGCAAAAUUGGCUGAAGAAGGUGUUGCUAGAAUUGAAGUUGAUCCUAAUUUGAAAAUUGAUUAAUGAUAAUUGAAUGUUGUGAUUUGGGGAAAAAAAUGUUCAAUUUGUGUUUGUUAAUUAGUUGUAUUCAGAUGUUAAUGGUGAUGUAAUAAUAAGUGAAGUUUUUCUG